AUGUCAAUAAUGAAAGAUUUUGAAUUAGAGAAAUAUUCAAAUGCAUUAGUAUCUCAUCGUAAAUCAUUAAUAAAAUCCGAUUAUAAAAUGACUACACAUUGUAAUAAUGAAAAACGUUUAAAUUUUCCAUUUACAGAUUUUGAUCAUUGGGAUAAAUUCUCGAAAACAAGUAAUAAUAAUAACAAUAAUAAUCCUAAUAAUAAUAAUGGGGAUUCUAAUUCAUUAUCCCAUAUUAAAUUACCAGAACGACAUGUAUUCACUGCAUCCACAGCAUCAUUAAUUGUACAUGUACCUAGUUUAUCUUAUGUAAGUGAAGAUAUAGAUGAAGAUUUAUCCGAUCAUGAAAUUUCUAAAUUAAAUUUAAAUAAUAAUAACAAUGAUGACAAUAAUAAUAAUGAUAAUACUAAACAACAUAAUCGAAUUUGUCCAAUAUGUAAUACGAUUAAUAUAGAUUUACAACAACAAUUUGAUGAUUUUCAUUUAAAACGAUCUUUUAGUUUAUCUACUAUGAAUGUAAAUAUAAACGAUACUACUACUAAUACUACUACUACUACUAAUUAUGAUAAUAGUAGUAUAACUAUACCAAGAUUAUGGGAUAUACUUGAUAUAUUUUCAACUAAUUCAUCUAAAAAUUUUUGUCCAUUUCAUAAAAGUUUAAGUCUACACUAUAAUACAUUUUCAUCCAUUACUAAUACUACUACUACUAAUAAUAAUAAUAAUAAUAAUAAUAUCAGUUCAACUUUAACCAACUCACUUAGUCUACCAUGUUUAUCUGAUUUUGAUGAACAAUUAAUAAUGUUAUCAACAAGAUCUAAUGAAAAUACCAUUUUGCAUAGCAACAAUAAUGAUGAUGUAAUAUACAAUAGAAAUAUUAAUAAUACUCCAUCUAUUUCAAUAGAAUAUGCUGAUAAUAUCUCUAUUACUACAAGUAAUUCACAAGAACAAUUAAUCAAUAAUAAUAAUAAUAAUAAUAAAUUAUCUGGUGAAACUAAAAAUCAUUAUUUAAAACUUGGAACAGCUGGAUGUCCGUUUCGUCCUAAUAUUGUACUCUUCAGCAGUGUUCAUUCAUGAUCCCAUAUGCGGGACUCGAACCGAGGACCUUCGAUACCAGUUUUCUAGCAUUAGAUAAAAUGUGCUAACUGUUGUAUAAUAAUAUUUACCAUGUAAACAUCAGCUGUUUUUAUUUCUUUUCAAAUGUUUGAUUAUUUUAUACCCAUAAGUCUAUAUAUGGUGUUGAAUAGUGUUGAA